AAAAAAUCCAUAAAAUAAGAAAUGAAAUACGACUCCAUAAGUAACGGAAGGUAACAAAUGUCGAAAUGCGAAUAAAUUGAAUUUUGUUCAGUUAGCCGCGUAGAAACUUAAGGAUGAUAAAUACGCGAGCGAUUCGCCAUGUAGCACGCGACAAGUAGGUGGAAAUAAAUUCUCGAAGAACUGGAUUAAAACUCAGACAAGCGAUUCGAUAGUUUAUAGCAGCAAUAUCGCCGGAAAGCGUUGAUCGAUAAUGCACCGUCGAUGCUGGUUCUUUCAGGCUUUACGAGGCAAUAAACGCGGAGAUUAAAACGUUCUUGCCUGGCUUGGCGAAAUCGCUGGAGUUUUACGGUAAUAUUUUGGGAAUCGAUCGGCGAUGAGUGCCUGAAAACGAUUCGAUGAUGGCGUUAUUUCUUUCACGAUCUCUCGACGGAAAUGGCGAUUACGUUCCCUCGAUAAAAUUCUAGAUAAUGCUAGUUUCAUUUUUAUAAUUCUUUAGCACGAGUUAAUUUCGAUACACGGUAUCAAAAAUCUGAAACAAAUAAUUAACAGAUAAAAUAUUCAGGCACUUCGUACUUAACUUCGUAAAUUACAUUGAAACGUAUGAAAAAUAAUUAUAAAACUAAAAAUAAUUUUUCAGCUCGUCUUUGGAAGACACCAUCGAAAGCAGCGUUGCACCUUCAAUAAAAACAUUCAUAAACGAUAUCGACACCGUUUUCACCCGGUUGCCUGGCAAUUAUCGGGUCGUUCUAUCGAUCACUCGACUCCUGUUCUUUGGCAAGCGCGUACGUUUGGUUCCAUGGUCGUUGCAGAACACACGUAUCGCUUAUCGCGACGGGAAACUGCGUUACGCGCCCACGUAUCGAUCGGCAGCGAACGUUCGCAAAAGCGAGUUUACGUGUUUAUUCAUGGGGAACAUCGGUACCUGUACUGGCCAAGAUUAGAAAAUGUCACCUCCUACGGCGAGGAACAAAAGCCCGCCCACUGGCAUUGUUCCGAGCUGCUUUGCGCGCUUCUAUCCGAUAUAAGCGAUAUUGCCCGCGAAUCGGUCCAAGAUUAAACGUAGACAACCCUGAGAGUACGAACGAAUCGAUCGCCUGCUGUCUAGAUAAAUCGAUCGAUUGUUAUGAUUACUCGAACAUCUAAUCCCUCAAUUUACACGGCACUGUUUCCACGCGAGUUUCAAGAAAUACUUGGGGCACAAAUGAUGAAAGGUCGGCAUCAGUUUCGUCGCAGAUUCAGUCUACAGCCGUCGUCCUUGAAAGAGGGCCAAGAAGAUGGAACGACGAAGCACGUUAGAAAUGAGAGACUGUCGGAAUCGGACAGUGGCGGUGGAAAACCAGCGGAGAGUUCCAUAAGGCACAAGAUCGUCGUGAUGGGCGCCGCGAAGGUUGGGAAAUCGGCUAUAAUCAACCAGUUCCUUUACAACACAUUCACACCGAAGUACAAGCGAACGGUGGAAGAAAUGCAUCACGGCGACUUCAACGUUUCCGGGAUACAACUGACCCUCGACAUCUUGGACACGUCGGGCUCGUACGAGUUUCCUGCCAUGAGAGACCUCUCCAUCAAGUUGGCGGACGCUUUCAUCCUCGUCUACGACGUUAACGACGCCAACACGUUCCUCGAGGUGGAGACUCUCAAGGCGCAGAUUUGCAGCGUGAAGGGCGCAGUGCCUAUUGUCGUCGUUGGCAACAAAGUCGACCUGGUCGACUCGAAACAGGAGGUGGACCCCGAGAGCACGAGGGAGCUGGUGACCAUGAAAUGGGAGAACGGAUUCGUGGAGGUAUCGGCGAAGGAGAACACCAACAUCUCUCUGGUGUUCAAGGAGCUUCUGGUACAGGCGAAACUGAAAUACAAUUUGAGCCCGGCGUUGCGACGACGUCGUCGACAGUCGUUGCCGCCGCCGCAGCAUUUGAAUUCGCGCAGUAGCAGUGCCCACGUGCCAUCUCCGGCUCAGCUGCAGCAUUUGCAGCAGAUCCGCGAGCGAUCGGAGUCCAAGAGGAAUUCCUGCAUUCUCUCGUAAGGAGCCAGUGCAACGUUUCAGCAGAUUCGAUGGUGAAAUGGUCGAGGUAACGAAGGGGUUGAGAAAGGGGAACUAUGCAGCGACGAUUCGACCAGGAAUCGAUCGAUAUAUCCCUCAUUCGGGGUUUUCGAGGGUGUCUGUGCAGCGAUCGAUCGAUCGAUCGCCGAAUGGCUUCUCGGAGGAAUUAAACGGCCAGAGGUGUUCGAGGCGGAAUGAUAAAGCCGAGGUACGCGGUAAUUUCUUCUUCUUCGAUUGUUCGAGAAGCGAGUAACUCGACGUUACGAUCGUGUCGAGAUGAAAUCGGAUCGGUAUUCCGAUUUAACUCGUUCUUGUUACUCGUAACUCGUUAUUCUGUUCGAUGCUGAAAACGUUACGAGUCGGACUCGUAGCGACGUGUUUUAGUCCAGGUGAUGCGCUACGAGUCGGAAUCGUAGCUUGGUCUGAACGGUUCAACUUCUUGGAGAACUCUCAUCGUAGAGAUGGCCUCUAAUCGCAGAGAAUUUUACGUUUUCAAUGGUUACGUACAAGAAAAGUUUGUAGAAUGAAUACGGUACAUGGUACUCUCGAAGAACCGAGAAGGGAUGACUUGUUGUAGCAACUUUCAUGAAAGAUUAGUAGGUCUUGUACAUGCUGGCGGAUAACUGAACGGAGAUAACUUAAUAUGCAGUGUUCGACGCGUUAAACGCGGGUCGACGUACUUGGUGUAUCUGUUUUGCCUUCGG